AUGAACAUAUCCCUCGAUAAAGAAGAGAUUCAUUCUUCUAAACCUCCAAAACCUUUUGGAGACAAAUCAACAUCUUCAGAUUUUAAACGCUCAGAAGAAGAAAAAAUUUUCCAGGCAACAGAUUCCCUAUUUUCUACAAAAUCUUUAAAUUUGUUUUCUUCAAAAGAAAAAAAUGAAAUUGAAAAGGAUGAGGAAGAAGAACAAAAAGUGGAAUUUGAGGGGACUCAUGAGGAGGAACUUGGGAAGGUUUUUGAAGGAUUGAAGAGUGAAGGAGGAUUACAUGUUGUUACUACCAGUAUUAGACCUACAACAAUAAAAACAGCAAGCCCAAAUUUUAAGGUAAAAAUGUUUAACGGCUAA